AUGGCUGACAAAUAUCCCGAAUUGGAAGUUUCUGCCGACGAGCAAGACGUGCAAGGAGACUUUUUGUCGAGAGAAAAAGAGCUUCUCGGCGACGAAUUCCAGACCGAACAAGACAACGAAGUUUUGGCUGAAAGCGACGACGACAUACAAGAGUUCAAGGAACAGUUUCCGGAAGUGGACAAUUCCAUAGCUGCGGAACCGCAGGAAGAGCUGGAAGACGAUGAAUUCGAAAACUUUGGCUCGGCGCCUCCGGUUUCUCAGGAAUUGGGCGAAUCCGAACCAUUAAAAGAAUGGAGAGAGCGUCGCACGUUGGAAAUCGAGGAGAGAGAAAAGGCCAACAGAAAGAAGAAGGAGGAGAUUGUUGCUGCAGCAAGACAAAGUAUCGAUGAUUUCUACGACAAUUACAACAACAAGAAAGACCAGCACGCAAAAGAUGUAUUGAAGGAAGAAGAGGAAUUCUUGGAGAAGAGAGAUGGUUUUUUGAAAAGAGGAACCUUGUGGGACCGCGUCAACGAGCUUGUCUCUGAGGUGGGCGAGGUUUCGGAUGAUGGACGUGACAAGAGCAGAUUCGACGCCUUGUUGAAAAAGUUGAAGGGCAAGGAAAACGUGCCUGGUGCCGGUGGAUACUAG